AUGCCGCCUCACAACCUCCUCUGCUCCAAUGCCGACAUUAACAAUGACUGGGAUCAGCUCUUUCACUCAUUUUACACCAGUUGGGCCAUGCCACUUCAACCAGUGGGCAAACUUACAUCCGCGCACCUCGCAACCAACACGCCUGCUGAGCGCACCGCGUUUCAAAAGGCAAAAACCGAUCUAUUAGAAGAAUUCAGAUCACACCCAGACACAGUAUUCUGGAUCAAAUGCAUUGAUACUUUAAACGGCAAGAUUGUGGGCGGCAUGUGCUACAAGCACGAGCGCAUGUGGCCGAACGAAGACGCUUUUGUACCAACGUGGUUUGAUGAGGGAAGUGAGAUGCAGAGACUGAGUAAGGGAUUCUAUGGAGAGUUGUUGAGAUGA